AAAUUGUUCAGAAAUAUAGCCUAUCUGUAUAAAUAACGCUACAUGUGCUGAAAGUUACACUUAAUUUUAUAGAUAGUAAACAUUCACAGGAAACAUAACUAACCAUGAUGAGUGCCGAAAGGAAGCAGAUAGUACAGGAAGUACAAGAGAGGGAUUCAGUGGUAUUUGACGGGGAUUCAAUAGACGACGAUAGGCUCAAGCCAAACUGUGAUGAUGGUGCUAGUACAAUGUCGCAGGCUAUUAGUCUGUCUGAUUUAAAUGGGAAUCCAAUACAGGCAAAUACAGAGGUCCCGGUACCUGUAGAUACAGAAAAUUUCAAGGGUCAGAUGUAUGUCAAGAUGAAGUGUGAGGAUAUGUUGGAAGACUACCACGAGUACUUUCACGGGAAGAAACGAACAUUCGAGUUACAGGUACAAGGAAAGUUCAGUGGCAUCACCGAAGACGAUUGUGUAUACCUGGGCGUGGAGACCCCCGAAUAUCUCAGGCUCGGUUUCUGGGCCCGUAUGAUGCUCACACUGGUAAAGGCCUUUGUGCACCGGAUUGAACCCAGCUCAACCGUAAGCUUAGGAGACUACUACACAGGCGAAGUAGGGGCAAUUUCGUUUCCCUUGCAAGAGUCAUGCGACAGGCUGAUGGUAACUCCUCCAGGUGAGGAACCGCCCAGUCUGAGCAGGAGCGACAUGCUGCCCGAAGGCAUGACCAAAGACGAGAGGAAAAUGUACACUACGUAUAACAAUGACGACACCUACACACUGUCUAUGCACGGCAUGUACGUGGAUUGGCUGAAGUGGCACGUGGUUAAUAUCCCCGGAGUCCCGGAUUUGCACAUGGAGUCCUUCUGUGAUGACAUGCCCGUGUCCAUUGUGGCGUACACUUUGCCAAAGAACCAUUCGGGAUCCCACCACUGUGUGGAGAAGAAGUAUAUCUUCCAAGUUAAGAUGUCGCCCAACAAGGAGCCAUCGGGUGUAUCCACUGAGACUGUGUCUGAAGGGUCAAUUUGAUGAGGAGUAGCGUGCUAUAGUCCUAAAUCGGUUUAAAAUAAUGCAUCAAGACAAUACAUUUACAUAACGAGAAUAGUCAAGUUCAAUUGCCAUACUUUCUGCACAGCCUUGCAGAGCGAUCGACAAAUAGCGGCUCGGUGGUCAAAAGUAGCACGUUAGAAUGUUAAGCAUGCCUUUACUUUUUACAUAGGCCUUUGGUCUUACAUAGUAGUGAUCAUACUGUCGCAACAUUCACCACAACGACUCCACAAUCUGGUUAUGCAUACACAGCGCUUGUGUUAAAUUGGAUAGUUCACGAUUGCCUGUACGAAUGUAAUGAAAAUAUGGAGUACCGUUCGUCCGGAUGUAGCUAUGGUCUAAAGAUUAGCCGUCCAGUUUCGCCAUAUCAUGACAUUGCAGUUUUUUCCGGUUGCCUUUUUAUUGAUGGAACCAUAAUCCCUUUUUAUUCUUCUUACAAAGGCCUACAGAUGUAAAUAUAAAAUAGUCGCAACUAAACUCGCAUACGGAUAUAUGCAGCAAAUAUAAAACACUCAUGCUGAAC